AGGCAACAAGUGCAACACAAGAGCACCACCUGCUGGUCCAACGACGCCCUCAGAGAUCUGACUGUGUUGUCUAUUACUAGCCUAUGGGGGCAUCAACCUGAGAUGGAUACUUGUGAUGUGAAAAGGAAAUGAUUUAUGGUUUGCAUUUUUCGUUCAUAAAUAAAUGAAUGCAAAGUGUGGCAUUAGCCUGUCAAAAACCAGCCCCUUGUUCAACACUUUGCUCCGUACAGAGAGUCUGUUCCCUCGGUUAUUGAGAAACGAUUUCACGCUGGAGGCAUGGAGUCUGUUAAAGGGGAACAACGUUAUUUCACUAUGGGGACAGGAUAUGUAGUGUGGCUUGCAGUUGCAAAAUUUUUUGUUUUGCUUCUUUUUUGUUGCAUAUAUGUCCAAAAGUUACAUUUUAGCUUCAUCUGACCGAAGAAUGUUCUUCCACAUCUUUACUGUCUUCCCUACAUGGCUUGUGGCAAACUCCAGAGCUCCUGAAGGCUUUCUUCCCAGCAGUGGCUUCCUUCUUGACACACUUUUAUAUUAGCUAAAUCUGUGAACUGCACAACUAACUUUUUGUUUUUCAGGUACUUCCACAUGAGCAGAGGAUCUCUGCAGACCUUCCAGAGUUACCAAUGGACCUUUUGGCAGCUUUCCUAUCUGAAGGACUCCGGCUUGACUCACAGCUGAAUCCUGGGGUAAAGAUGCGGGUGGUCGGAGCCGCGGGUGUCGCUGAGCUGUGGGCCGUGCUGGCCGCCCUGGUGGCCGGCGCCGCGUCCGAACUGGUGACGCUGGUGCAGGAGCAGGUGAAGCCCGAGUCGCCGGUGCUGCCGCCGAAGGUUAUGAUCGCGAUCCUGGCUCGGAACGCGGCGCACAGCCUGCAGCACUACCUGGGCUGCAUCGAGCGGCUGGAGUACCCGAGGGAGCGCAUAGCGAUCUGGGCAGCGACAGACCAUAACAUAGACAACACCACUGCCAUGUUGAGAGAAUGGCUGAAGAGAGCGCAGCGCGUUUAUCACUAUGUGGAGUGGAGACCAAUGGAGGAGCCCAGCUCCUACACAGAUGAGUGGGGUCCGAAGCACUGGCCCCCUUCCAGAUUCAACCAUCUAAUGAAGCUGCGGCAGGCGGCCCUGAAGGCUGCGCGGGAGCGAUGGGCCGACUACAUACUGUUCGCCGACAGCGACAACCUGUUGACCAACCCCCGAGUGCUGGACCUGCUGAUGGCCGAGAACCUGACGCUGGUCGCUCCCAUGAUGGAGUCUCGCUCUCUCUACUCCAACUUCUGGUGCGGCGUCACCCCACAGGGUUACUACAAGCGCACCCAGGACUACCAGCCAAUCAGGGAGUGGAAGAGGCUCGGCUGUUUCCCUGUUCCCAUGGUGCACAGCACCUUCCUUUUGGACCUUCGGCGCGAAUCCAGCCGAGACCUGGCGUUCUACCCACCUCACCCGGACUACAGCUGGGCCUUUGAUGAUAUCAUGGUGUUUGCCUUCUCGGCACGUCAAUCAGGGGUGCAGAUGUACGUGUGCAAUAGGGAACACUACGGCUUCCUGCCCGUCCCGCUCAAAGCUCAACAAAAUGUGGAAGACGAAGCUGAGAGUUUCAUACACACCAUCUCAGAAGCUCUGAUUGAACACGACAUGGAGCCGUCUCAGUACAUCUACGCCCCGCCGUUACCUCCAGACCCAAUGGGCUUCGAUGAUAUUUUCCUGAUUAACUUGAAACGCCGUCUGGACAGAAGAACCAGGAUGUUGAAAACAAUGGGCGCCAUGGGCCUUCGCCCCACUCUGAUUGAUGCAGUGGACGGGAAAGCUCUAAAUACAUCCCAGCUGCAGGCACUGGGAAUUGAGAUGUUGCCAGGCUACAAGGAUCCAUAUUCUGGUCGUGUCCUCACCAGAGGGGAGAUUGGCUGCUUCCUGAGUCACCACUCUAUAUGGAAACAGGUGGUUGAUCGUGGCCUGCAGAAGGUUCUGGCUCUGGAGGACGAUGUGAGGUUUGAACCCAGGUUUAAACGAAGGCUUCAGGCCAUCAUGGAGGACAUAGACAGAGCCCAGCUGGACUGGGACCUCAUCUACGUGGGAAGAAAGCGAAUGCAGGUGCAGCAGCCGGAGCAUUCAGUGGAAGGUGUGAACAACCUGGUGGAAGCCGACUAUUCCUACUGGACCCUGGCCUACGCUCUUUCACAGCAAGGGGCCCGAAAGUUGCUGGGGGUGCAACCUUUCACCAAGAUGCUCCCUGUCGACGAAUUUCUUCCCAUCAUGUUCAACAAACACCCCAAUGUUCAGUACAUGUCCCAUUUCGAGCCACGGGACCUGAAGGCCUUCUCCGUGGAGCCGCUGCUGCUCUAUCCCACCCACUACACCGGCGAGCCGGGCUACAUCAGCGACACCGAGACUUCCACCAUCUGGGACGACGAGGCCGUCGCCACAGACUGGGACCGGCAGCACGCCCGCAAGACGGCCCAGCAGGGCCGCAUCCGACCCGUAGCGCAGAACAGCGUCACUGGAGACUCGCCGCCUCCUGCUGCCCGAGCCUCGCGCGACGAGCUCUGAUGAAUUCGGACGAGAGACUCGGUGAGCGUCCCACAUGCGCGCACUUGAAAAGGAAACUGGUGCUGACAUACUGUACAGGCGUUCACGGCAAUUAAAAACAGGUGGAUUGCAGCAGAAAUCAGACGAGCUUCGUCUCUGCCGCCUGGGGACAAGGCUCGCAGAUUCUGGGACGAAGGCCAGCACGACUUUUACAAAGAGCUUUAUUUAUUCUCCAUGCGUCUCCUCUGUGCGUGUGGAUCCAGUUCUGGCCUGAAAGACUUUACACAUGGAAGUCGGCUAACAACAUUUACAUGAUGUGAAAAGAAAGAAAUGAAAUCUUCUGUGAAUUCAUUUUUAUGUUUCAAAAAGAUUCUUAUUUUUAUUUAAGCAGAACAGAAGUGCGUCUAAGAGACUGUGGCGGAAUAAAAGAAACAUACAGCUGACUGAAAACGUUUUUGUUUUUUGUUUUUUUGUUUCACAAAGCUGUGCAUCAACAUCUCUACUGUAUUUAUACUUAGUUUUGCUCGCUGGUUCAUAUUUGUAAUUCUUCCAGAACUGAGCCUGUGUGGGAGGUCAGAGGCUGACGUUUUGUACCCCAGAGUAAUUUUUCAGAUGAUGUCAUGCAAACAGAAAAAAAAAAAAAAAUAAAAAUAUGCAGCGGUUUCUUGCCAAGCAGCAGGGUAGCAACAGAUGCUUUUCAUGGUCUAAAGUUUUUGUUGCAGGAGGAAGAGGAUCUUUCAUAGCAGGCUGGUCCUGCUUGUUAAUAUUUCAGGGCAUUGUUUUGUUGCCGUAGAAACAAACAAAGUUUUAAUCAAUUCUGCUGAUCUUAAAACAUCCGAAUUUGUUUUUCUCUAAAAAAAAGAGUUUGGAUUCUUCUCUUGAACACAGGCUCUUCUUUGUUGGGUUGCGCUGCAGAGUUGGAGCAAUAAAACAGCCUCUUCACUUCUUCUUUAUCUGCCUCCCCAGGCUAAAGGGGCCGAUGUUAUCUGUCUUUUUACACUCUUUCGGGUUAUUGUGGUUGUACAGACAUGGUGGAGUGAUUGGAGACAGUAAAAAAGAAAAAAAUUCGCUGUCAGCCAGAUUAAAACUCUUGAGACAAAUCACUUUUUCUUCUCUGCUGGGCUAAAAUGGUCAUUAACUUUGUGUAUAUUAUUGUUUAAAGAGUUUAGAACAAGCAUAACUUUCGUCUAAAUGUUCCCAUGACCUCCUGGGAAUCUCCUAUAAUGAAUAUAAUGGGAUUACACAGAUGGUGGUAAAACACAAUAAAAGCUUAGGCCUCCCUGUUAAUUUAAGGUUUUGAGCAUGGAUCGUGUAAGGAACAAUCCGUCUUUGUGGUGUGCUGCCUCCUGGUGUUAGACCAGUUCUGUGAAAUAUGCCUCACAGCUUUGUGCUUCCUGCCCGCUGUGGGAUUCGAUUCUAGACGGUGCAAGAUGGAAGGAGAGUGCAGACCCGCAACUGAGGGGAUUAUGGGCUACAUUUGCAGUUUCCUGCGAAAGUUCUCACAUACAUUCUGCGCUUUGCUCAUUCUGUGCUGCUACACCAAAGACUUACUGGGAUUUUAUACCAAGAAACAAGAUUCACGACUUUCAUUGUUAAUUGUUCACAAAUAAAAAUCGGAGAAGCAUUCGUGUUACUCCGAUAUCCGAAAAGGGAUGCGGUUUAACCGCUUGCUUUCAGAAGUCACUUAAUUAGUAAAUAUGCAGAACUGGAAAGAUCUCAAUGUGCAUACAACUGUUCUGCAGAAGCGUUUGAGGUUUUGUAGAGAACAUUGUUGAACAAAACAGAGAGUUUUGGGAAAAAAAGUUCUGCAGAAGUUUCAAUGAGCCGGUUUGCCACCAGCUAUGUGUGACAGCCUGAUCUAAUUACACUUGAGACACAAUCUGUGUCAAAAACUAACACUGCUCACUACCCUGAACAUAUUGGCCCCACUGUGGAGCAUAGUUGUGGCAGUGUCAUGCUGUGGGGAUGUCUUUCUUUUAAAAGUCCAGAAAGAAAUUCUGAAUUUGGCAAAAGUUCACCUUCCAGCCGGAUAGUGAACCUAUUUACAUAAUAAACAUGCUCAAAUUGCUUUUGUCAAAGUGAUUCAGGGAGGCUGUAGUUAAACUUUUCAGAUUAAUAUUUAGGUUAAAAUGUCAAUUUUAGGUUUCUUUCAGUUUGUAAGCUUUGAACAAAAAAUACUUUGACGUUUGCAGCUGAAUUAUUAUAAAAUGCAGAAAAGGUUCAGGGGUGUGAAUACUUUUGUAAUGGUCUGUAUGCUUGGUGCAGAACAAGGGAGAAAAGUGAAUGCCUAAUUUGAUUUAUUGAUUGCUUUCAGCUGGGCUGAGACAAGAGGUAAAAAAACAACAACAUUUGGUUAUGUUUAGAUAAAUGUUCUGUGCUGAAAAUACUGAGUCAAAAUAUAUUAACUAUCCUUCUAUUUGUGCUGCUGUGUUGUCAUAAAGUAAAAAUUAGUUGCUGUUAAGAACUACAUAUUUGUAGGUUUCUUCCUUACAACGCUGGAUUUAAGUAAACGUUUUUGUCCUUUGCUGCCAUCUGCUGGCCAAAGAUGACUAUUUCUCUGCAACUUCAGUUAAACAUUUAAUGAAACCGUACAAGGGAAACUUAACUUAUAGAAUUUUAAAGUGGGUUUCAUUUUGUUACUAGAUGUUAUUUAGCAUUGAUUAACAAGACUUAGAAGGUAAACAUCAGUUCUACUUUAUAUGCAGUUAUGUUUAAAUUACUUUCAUCCAUAACUAUAUGCAAUGCGAUUCUUCCAAUUUGAUGUUUCUGUGACCUGAUUUCAGGUAAGCAUCAAUAACUCUAAGGCCGUAUGGUUAUAAGUAGGAAAAAUGAUUUUACAGAAUAUAUAAGAGUAAUAAGUCUGUAAUUAUUCAGCAUACCUAAGUUUUAUAUCUGUAUCUAAUGUCUUCUUGAUGAUCAACUUAUGUUUUGUACUUCACCUGUUGAAACUCUCCCUCCUCAGCUCAAAUGUUUAGUUUCACAAAAAAGUCAUUUGAGCAAUAGAUUGGGAUUUAAUAUCUGAUAAUACAAAUACUAACCCUUACUUUUAACCCUAAUCAUACAUCUCCACCAGUUCUUGUUCCAAAGCUGGUUAAUGACAUCUGGUGUUUUCCAGGGGAAGAAGGAACUGGCAUAAAAUUUUUAAUUAGUUAAAGUUUUUAUGUUCCAGCAGGCAGUAGUAAAGUUUAUAUUACUUUGAGAGAUCAUAAUCAUAAAAUAAUUCUGCUGGAGGUUUGCAAAGGUUCAGUGUAGUUAAAGAUUAAAUAUUACUAUUGUGCAUCGUAAGCCAUCAGUGAUGUGUCAGCUUUGGCAGCAGACGAGUGUCACAAACCUGAACUCCUGGGAUGCAUUCAGUGCCAGCUUUGGACUACAUUUCUCCAUUAUCAGUGAUAAACACAUUGGGAGCAAAAUUAUGUUAGCAGACAUUUUAUUUUCUGUGUUCAGAAUUAAAUUGUGGAAUAACGCAACUAUGGACUUAAGAGUGUGCCUUUAAUUAUGUUUUUUAAAUACUGAACGGAUGUUUGAAGAUCAAUAUGUUUUACUAGAAUAAGAAGUUGUACUGGAGCAAUACUGACUAGUUUGCUGCUUUAAAUUUAUUGACUGGUUCCACUAACAUCUAAACAAAACUAUGUUUGUUUCACUGCUUUAUGGGAUUUCAUUUAUUUUUUUUUAUUUUGUGAAUUUGUUUGGAUUUUUAGUUAGGUUUUUUUUUGGUUGGUUUUCUUUUUGUUUUGUUUUGCUAGUGUAAAUAUCUUACCAUAAGUAUGCAUGUAAACCGUACGUUAGAGUGUAUGUUAACUUGAUAUUUAUCAAAGGCUAGUCCCAGUUUUAUCACAGGUAGAUGUCUUGACCUCUGGACAGGCAGGAAGCUUAAAGAUUGACAUUUAGUCAGUAGUAAUGUGAUUUUAAAAAAAUUUAACCAACUUCACCAUUGCUCUUGAAGCUGCUGAACUUAAUAAUGACUUCAAAUUGCACAUUUAAUUUCAGAGUUCAAGGAAACUGAGGUUUUCCCACUUUAGGUGUUAAGUAAAUGUGUCAAAGUAGGUGAAGUUGCUAUUUUUGUUCCUGGACAGACGCUUCAUAAAUGUUACAUUCUUUGGCUGGUAGGAUUUUGGUUUUCAUUUGUGUUUGUGCUUUGACUAUUUCCUUGUCCAUUUAUUUACAUUGCUAAUGUCCCUCAUUGUGUCUGAUUAGCUCAUCUGGUUCCUUCCUCCUGUAAUUUUCCAUCCUUUCAUGUGCCUUUCUCCAGCAGUGAUCGGAGAGAUUCAGAGUACACCCUGGACAAGUCACGAGUCCAUCCCAGGGCAUGCCAACAAUUAUUAAAACCAGGAAAUGUUUUUACCCACUGAA